AUGCUUGGGUCGUCAGAGACGCUCAGUCCUCCUCCUCUUCAUUACUCUCCUUCCGUCGGGGAUCACGAUCGCGCAUCCUCUCGGGACUCGACCCCUGUCACCACUCCACUCGGAUUUGGCGUAUCGUCGUGCAGGGAAAAGGUCUCUGAUCGUCCGUGGCCUCGAAACCCAUUUGGUCUCCUCGACGACCAUUCAUCAUAUUUCGAUUCGACGAAGUUAUACUCGCAACCUCAAGAAGACUACGAUUUCCCUCUUUUCCCCUCGCCCCCUUUGACCUCGGGCACGAUGAACAAUACAGCAGCUCCAAUUGAUAUCGCCACCCGCCAGACCUCAGUCUCUCCCCCGGGGCAACAGGCGUCGAACUUGACCUCUGCUCUCCAGAGAGCUGGAAAUGGCGAGCGGACCGGUAGCAUAUCUCACGCGGGCGGCGUUGGAAUCAAUAUAUUCAAAGCCCCGCCACCUCGUAAAGACUCCAUCGGUGCAGCGACCGCACAAUGGGGUAAUGGCUCAAAACCGAUUUCCAUGUCUGGAUCGAACCGCGAUAAACAGCGCCGUGAGUCUUUGGCCGGGAGCUUGGUUGGCGGUAUGAGCUGGGGUGGUGUUUCUGUUGGCAGUUGGAUACGCGACGAUAUUUUAAUGACCGGCACAUCCCCAUUUACUUUUGGGCAAUCACCUUCCUUCCACUCGUCAUCGUAUCUCCCAAAGCUGGAAGCCAACUUCAUGCGAGACUUUUCUUGCUGUGGUGUGACAUUACCUACUCUUCACGAUCUUCUACAGCACUAUGAAGAAGCCCACGCCACUAAGUCGCCACACCAGGGACAUCGCCCAAGCCAAGCUGACGGCCGGGCUGCAUUAGCUGCUGCUGCGAUGGCGCACCAGCAGAAUCAGCAGAACAACAAUCAGAACCGUGGGUUGCAGCCCGAGAGCACUCAGCGUAAAUUAAACCAAAACCAGCCGCCUCAACAGCACUCCGAUAUUGAUGCGAUCGAUGAUAUGGAGCUGGACGAGCCGAUGGGUGAUCAUGAUCCAUCGGCGCAGCUGUUUUCGCCUCAGCCACAAAAUGGCAACCAGGGGGGAUUCGGUCAUUCCAAUCAAAGGGUGCCGCAUUUGAAUCUAUCGAUGCUUCCAGGACAUCAGGGUUUCAAAGGAUCUCAGCCCGGCACACCUGUGGCUUCUGGUCGCCCCCUGUCAUUGCAAAAUAAUCCCACUGUUUCCUCGGUGAACACGCCGACUUUGAUGUCGAAUCCACUUCAGAAUUCUCAAUUCCGGUCAACGCCCGACUCGUCCACACCGGGAACCCCAGCCGAACUCGAUGAGAGCGUACUUGGCGGCUUCGGUGACAUGGGGAUGCAAACCAACAACAUGAUGCAAGGCCAGGAGCAAUUUGCUCGCUUUGCUGCUAACAACGACAUGGUGGAUCUCUGUAUUGACGAGCCGGCGAAACGCUUAUUCAGCCCAACCGGGGGGAUCAACACACCCAAUGCUCAUUUCAAGCUCAGUGGGGCACAGUACGGUCCAAAUAGUGAAAUUGCACGCAGAAUUAGAGAGCAGCAGCUGCUGGCUGGCGUUCCCGAUACCACUGCUUUGCUGCCAAAUGAAGAACCAAAGCCUUUCCGUUGCCCUGUUAUUGGUUGUGAGAAGGCGUACAAAAACCAAAAUGGUUUGAAAUAUCACAAAGCUCACGGCCAUAACAACCAACAAUUACACGAUAAUGCAGAUGGCACAUUUUCCAUUGUUAACCCAGAAACCUCGACGCCGUAUCCUGGUACACUCGGCAUGGAGAAAGAAAAGCCGUACCGUUGCGAAGUCUGUGGCAAACGUUACAAGAACUUGAAUGGUCUCAAAUAUCACAAAUCGCAUUCUCCUCCAUGCAACCCCGACUUCCAACUUGCCGCUGGCCGCAACCUGGCUUUCGGCGGAGGAGUCAUGCAAGGACAGAAUAUUAAUGUUGCCGGAGCUGGUCUACCUGGUAUUGGUGAAGAGGGUCUUCUAUAG